AUGUUAACCAAACGACGAAUCUUAGCAUUACUCAAAUUGAUCGCAGUUUCAUUUUGCAUUGUUUUACUGCAAAAAAGUUACGUUCCACUAUGGAAUCAUUCGACGCCAAUAGAUCAAACAAAUAGAACAUUGGAAACACGAAUUCGUUGUAUAGGUCCACUGAUCAAUCAAUCCUGUUUAUUCGAAAAUCUCUAUUAUAUCAAUGGCGAAUUUAUCAUUUUAACAGUCAACGGAACGUCGCUACCAGAUUAUUCUGUUCGAACGAAUUCGCUUCAGCUUUGGCCAAAAGUACGACAAAAGCGUGUUUUUGAUUCUUAUUCGUCUCUGGAACAUUUCGUUCGAACAAUUGCUGAACCGACAAGUAUUCCUGAUGUCACUGUUUAUUUUAUUCAAGAUUGGCAAUACAAUAUUGGUCAUGCAUUAUUUGACGGACUGUACCCUGCUUAUCUUGCUUUGAUUCGUUUCUCUCCUCGACAUCUUCAUCCAUUUCGACUAUUUACAGAUUUUCGUGAUUGUGAUAAAUGUUGGACUGAAGACAUCUAUCAACGAUUCUCUGGCCUGCCAAUUAUCAAAGAGCUUCAGUUCAUGCAGACGUCCACGCGGCGAUGGUUUAUGUUCGAAGAGAUCAUUAUGGGAAGUGGAAUGAUGUGUCAACGUUGUACGCAAACAAAUUUUCAAUUACCUGGUGGAAUUGAACUGGACGGCUCACGGCUCUUUCGUGAUCGAAUGUAUCGCCAGCAUGGAUUAUUACCACCAAGAGUUCGACAUCGAUCGUCAUCUGAAUAUCGAACAUCAAAUGAUGUUCUUCGCACUUAUGUGAUUCAUAAUAAACGUUUUCACGAGGAUGAUAUUCAACAGAUUCAAGACGCCAUCGCUGAGAUCAACAACUAUACGCAUUUCUUUAAAAAGGAACAACAGCAGCAGCAGCACCCGUUAAUUCACAUAUCUUAUCUUCACUAUGAAGAUAUACCACUUCGCAAUUUGACUCCGUCACUAUUUCAAGAUAACAAAUUCAUUGCACAAUUACGUCUCUUACGACAGAUGGACAUUCAUAUAAGUGCGCCGGGGACAGGUCAAAUGUAUCAAACGUUUUUACCGGACGGUUCUAUUCAUAUCAAUCUCGGUGGUUUAAAACCCGAUGGGUCAGAUAAAACAAAGAAAGUGUUUACUUCGUUCGGCGAACAAUAUAUGACAAGCGGGACACCGUAUAUCAAAGGUCUUUAUUACCCAAUUAAUGAACGAGUAAAAGGGAUUCGACAAGAUGAGGUUGUGCGAUUAGUCCGACAAGCAGCGAAAUUAAUCCUUGAUGGGUUCGCCAUACCAGUGAAUCCAUAUGAUAACUUGGCGAACGAUGGACAAUUGUUUAUAGAAAUGUGUGCUAAAGAUCCAGUUUUUUGUUCGUUAGUAACAACAAGACCUGCACAAACACAUUUUCCGUGUUUUAACUUUUGGAUUGAAGAGCUUAUUCAUGAGUAUCGACAAUGGAAAGUGGGAGGAGUAGUUGACAAUCAAAAAAAUCUCACUUGUACAUACGAUCAAACUUUACUACGACAACUAAGACAGAAGUACAGAAUUACACACAACUGUUCGUUUUGA